AUGGGCAGUGGUGGCUCUGGGAUCACCAUCAACAAGGACACGAAGGUGCCCAACGCCUGCCUGUUCACCAUCAACAAGGAGGACCACACGCUGGGGAACAUCAUCAAGUCGCAGUUACUGAAAGACCCCCAGGUGUUAUUUGCAGGGUACAAAGUCCCGCACCCACUGGAACACAAAAUCAUCAUCCGUGUCCAAACCACCCCCGAUUACAGCCCCCAGGAAGCGUUCACCAAUGCCAUCACGGAUUUGAUCAGUGAGCUCUCCCUCCUGGAGGAGAGGUUCAGGGUUGCUAUUAAAGACAAACAAGAAGGAAUCGAGUAA